GCGUGUGUUCGCCGCUUCUGUACGGUGUGCUCACCAGCGCAGACAAAGCUUUCCCUUUUGAUUCGUCGAAGUGCUCUAGCGCUGUUCACAGUUCGCUCGGUGUUGGAAGUAAGUGUUCUGCCCUGUCUGUGCUGUGCUGCUCUGUGUGUCCAUAGGAAAAAAGUGGUCAUAAAUUAGUGCAUUUUGUGCGGCCGAUUUCUCCCGUAUCUUACUCCGGACAUUUUAAUUGUUUGUGACAACAAAAACUGACAACGAAAAACAAUCGUAUUAUCUAUCAUGGCUGAGAAACCAAAGCGUCCCCUAUCGGCUUAUAUGCUGUGGCUGAAUUCGGCCCGCGAACAGAUCAAGAAGGAAAAUCCUGGAAUUAAAGUGACAGAAAUCGCCAAGAAGGGCGGAGAGCUGUGGCGUGGAAUGAAGGACAAGAGCGAAUGGGAGUACAAGGCAGCCAAGAUGAAGGAUGAGUACAACAAACAGAUGCAAGAUUUCGAGCGAAACGGUGGCAGCAAGGACGCCGGAACCAAGAAAAAGAAAGGUGCAAAGAAAGUUGCCAAAAAGAGCAAAAAGAAGGAUUCGGAGGAUGAAGAUGACGAGUCUGGAGAUGAGAGCGACUGAACUAAUCACUAACCUUAAAAUAAUUAUUUUUAAUUUAUUGUGUAAAUGUUCGGGGCCUUACUUCAACUACAAAUCACAGCAAACUUUCUCUCUGUCCUAACAACACGAAACAAAAAACCAAACCACCACCACAACCACAACUUCUGACCGCUCUUUUUCCCACCAACUCUUUCCUGGCCGGAUGUCCCGGAUCCGGUGCGAAAAAAACCCAUCAUCCACCACCACCCCACCCACCACACAAUGUCCUUCUCCACCAUCCCUCUCUACAAAUAAAAGAAAGGCUUUCCGACCGUUGAUUAACCUUCAGAUUCCUUAUCCAACAACUACUACUACUACAAACUACUGCUAACAAAAACUAUCAACUUGCCAACGCGUCACACACAACUUUACACAAAAUUGAAAUGAAAAAAAGAAACUAAAAACGUAAAAUGACAAGUGGAAAAUAGAGUUUUACCUAUUGUACAACCAACAAAAAACCAGGUCAAAUAUGCAUAUAUUUUGAUGGGAAAUUGAUCCUCCGUGCGCGUCCUCCCCGGUACAAACACACACACGCACGCACACUCUGCAACAUUCGAUUGUUCGGUUGUGUGUUGUUUUCUCGGUUGCUGUUUUGUGGAAUGAGUUCAGAAGCGACUUUUGGUAAAAUUUCGAAGAAAAUAGAGAUGACCAAGAAAAGAGGAGAGGAGGAGGAGGAAGAAGAAAGCUCCCUCGCAAUGGGCGUGAGUGCGGAAAAGAAAAGCAAGAGGUAUAUAUAUAUAUAUUUGGAUUACUUGUUUUUUCCAUUUCUCGAGUGUGAACCGUCCUCCUUCUCCAUUUAGAUAGAUCACUUUUAUUUGUGUUUUCGGAACAAACCAUCACCAGUACCCAGCUACACACACAUUCCCUGAAGUAAUGCUGUCGUAAUGAGGAUGGAACCACCAAGCAGCAAAUAAAGAACGAUCGUUUGCGAGGAUCGCACGAGUUAUUUGCUGUUCGUCCCCUGAAUCAUUAGCGCGCUAUUCUUGUUUCGGUGGGCCAUACCGAAGGGAUCGUAUAGCUGGUGGUGGUGGUAGUAGUUUCGUGUGAAUGUUUUGUGCUCUCUAUGUCCUCCAUCAUACAUCCCCUCAUGUAUAUCGCAACACAACAACACAGCAUGAUCGUUUCACGAUCUUCAUGAUUUUAGCUCAUCAUCUUGCUUGUGUUUUUCAGGCACCUAAUUUAAACAUUCCGACACGUUUUUCACCCAAUUAGUGAUUAGAUCAAUAUAGCGUAAAAUCAAUCAAUCAAACACACACACACACACACACACACGACACACCACACACAGUAUAGGGACUUCGUCUGAAAAGUAGAAAGUGUACUAUGAUGGGUGGUUCCUUCGAGCGCGCACCCCAAGAAUUGUGUCAUUGGCGGUGUGCUGUGCGUGUGGCGCACGUGAGCAAAGCUCUCAUUUCCGUUUGCUUUUUUGUGUGGUGUGAUUUGCAUCCCGGAAUCAGUGUAUGCCGCGCGCCACGUUGUAGACCAGGGUCGAAUCGAAAGGGCGGAGGGAGGAGUGGUGUUAGACCAUUUUGCAAGAAACCAGAAUAGAUCCAACCCAAAUUUCGCAAACAAAACAGUAGAAAAGCAGCACUAACCGACAAGUAGUUUAUAUACGUUUUUAUUUCUGUUUUUAUACCUACGAGCCUCUAGAACUUCUUAGCAAAAAUUGAUUAAAUAAUUUGAAAAAUGCUAGCACAAUGCAAAAACUGCGCGCGCCUCUCACCUACCAGUCCCAGGCAUCUCUCCUAACGUUUUCCUCCUUUUGUUUUUUUUUUCUCUUCGCUUAGACCCAUUUGGCUGUGUGUGGCCGCCAUCUGGCCACACAAGCUGAUUUUGUACUCUUUACUAAAAAAAAAACUGUAAACCUUUGCCAACUGAUCCUCCUUAAUUUACGUGUGUUUUUUUUUGUUUCUUUUUCAAGGAAGGCCGUGAUUAAUUAAUGACAAUUGAUAAGAGAAAGAGAGAAGAGGAUGAUAAAAUGUGGAAUCUAUAGUGAAGGGAAGGAAAUGCAAGAAAAUGAGGAGUAUGGGUGAAGGAGGAGGAGGAGGAGGAGGAGGAGAAGUGUGGAGAAAGCGGAAGGAGAGAGAGCAGAGGGAAGGCAUGCGAAUGGCGGCGGGUGGCGUGUGUGGGUGCUGGCGGGGUUAUGCUCCUCUUUGGCGCACACCCCCUCUCACACACACACACGUACACAAGAGCAAAAAGGACAUUUCUCCUCCCUUUUUUAUCGGAUUAAACUUUCUACUUUGUUUUUUUCAAUCAUUUAAGUGAGUGACAUAACAAAUAAUAUAAAAACUACAAAAAAAAACAAACAAACUUUUACAAAACGAUAUAAAAAAUUAUUCUUAGCAGAAGAGAGCGGUAGGGAAGCCAGGGAACAGAGGUUAGGGAAAAAAGGGGCUAAUAUGUAAUUAUGUGUAGAUCAGCGAAGGAAGUGUGUACCAGAAGUGUAGGACGAGGAAGAAGAGAAGGAUACACUGUUUUUACACACCACAACACACACACACAAUAAGCACACGAAACACACGAGGCACACACUUGCACAUUCAAGCACACAUACACAAAACAUUCAUUUGCUUACACAUCGCGACACGUUUAUGCUGAUGUGUUGUGCGUGUCCCUUCUCAAAAGAAAUCACCCUCCCAAAAUGUGUGUCUCAACUAUAAGCUGUAUCAAAUCGCUAGUAUUGACGCGGGUCCCUGUUCGUAACUCGAGGAAAAAAAGGAACUUGAAGCUGCGAACGCGCAAGAGCACGUGUCGUGUUAUGCCCCGGGCUGCAUACAAGUUGCUCUACCUUACACGCGGGAAGAAUCUGAUCUUCACCUGGGCACGUCGUUUAAGAGGCAGACGGAGCAAAUUUCUCUAACUCCCAGCAGAAAUCCAGUUCGUCGAUCAUCAUCGUCGUCGUCGUCGAGGCAGAGAACAAGCAAGCGUCAAAGGUGGCACAACAUGCACACACACAGGAGGAACACAGGACUUAGUAGCGCAGCAGCAGCAUUAGUUCGUACUCAUAAAUUUGAUUCAGUUCACACACGAACACACACAUAACGACACACUUGAACGUCGUCAUCAUCCCCCAAAAACAACCCCCUUGAUAUGCCAUUAUAGAGUGCACCUCGUCUCGAGGUGCGCAAUAUUCAGUUUAGUUUUUGAUAAAUCAGUGAAAAAGAAGCGCCCGAGAAGAGGAAGAAGGUGGUAAUAAACAAUAAAUUCUUUAUUAGUAAGGAAAUGAAAAUAGAAAAACAAAA